AAGGUGUUAGAAAAUGGAUGGAUGAUCAAAAUAUUACACAAAUAUAAGAAUGUUUUAACAAUAAAAUCAGGCAGGUAUAGGACUUUUCAUAAAGACACUAAAUGCAAAGGGAUCUUUUAACAUACAAAACAUUCAUAUUUGCCAAGUUGCGCUAAAAUAAGAAGUUACAGAUGAUAAUGAGUCAAGAACCGUUUGGGAGCCGAAAGAAUCGGCUCUUUUUUGAGAGCCGAGCCACGAGAGCCGGCUCUCAGAAAGGAGCCGAACUUUCCAUCAGUGGUUGAGUCUCGACUUCCGCACUUUGUCGACCUUUCAGACGUCACAUUUCUUAACGGAAAAUAAGAUAUUGGUUUAUUUACGCCCAACAAACAGUAAAUUUUAGUAAAGUUUAGUGUUUUAAGUUAGACUUCUUAUGUUUUUCUGUUUUUUAAAUUACAUUAUCGUGGUAAAAGAAGUAGCGUUCAUAAAACUGUCGGGCACCGAAACCAGGAAAUGAAUUUUUUACCUUGUACCCGAUUUCUACUGACUUUGGUGUCUGUGAUCGUCAUCUCAGCCAUUUCUACAGAUCAGACAAACAUCACAGCUGAAGUUGGACAGGAAACAUUUCUGCCCUGCAGAUCUCCUGAUAAUAAACCUGUUAUUGCUGUUGAGUGGAUUAGAUCUGAUCUGGGGUCAGAAUAUGUUCUUCUGUACAGAAAUAGGAAGAUUAAUCUAGAAAACCAGCAUGUGAUGUUUAAGGACCGAGUGGAUCUGCAGGACAGACAGAUGAAGGAUGGAAACGUGUCUUUGGUUCUGAAGAACGUGACGACUGACGACAGAGGAGCUUAUGAAUGUCGAAUCAUUCAGACAAACAGCCGGAUGGAGAUUGUCUUCGCCAUAUACCUGGAUGUUCUAAAUCCUCCAGAUCAGACAAACAUCACAGCUGAAGUUGGACAGGAAACAUUUCUGCCCUGCAGAUCUCCUGAUAAUAAACCUGCUGUAUUUGUUGAGUGGAGGAGAUCUGAUCUGGGGUCAGAAUAUGUUCUUCUGUACAGAAAUGAUCAGCUUGAUCUAGAAAACCAGCAUGUGAUGUUUAAGGACCGAGUGGAUCUGCAGGACAGACAGAUGAAGGAUGGAGACGUGUCUUUGGUUCUGAAGAACGUGACGACUGACGACAGAGGAGCUUAUGAAUGUCGAAUCAUUCAGACAGACACAAACAGCCGGAGGAAAACCAUCAUCAUCAUCAACCUGAUAGUAACGUCUCCAGGUGAACCUGAUGGAGGGAACCGAGACGGACCUGCUGGUCUGAUUGGUCUGGUGGUUGGUCUGGUGGUAGCUUCAGUUAUUUUAGUUGUUUUAAUUAUUGUUGUUGUUUUUUUUGUUUAUUUCAUCCGUAAAAAACGUUCAUGUUUGAGUCCAAAGUCAAGCCAGAGUUCUGAAGAACCACUUCUAGCUGAGCCGCCUUUAAUAGAUCAGAACCGACCAGCUGAGCAGUGAGUCCAGUCUGAUCUGAAGGAUGAUGGAUCCAGAACCUUCAUCAUGAAUCAGACUGACUGUUUUCAUCAGAACCAAACAGAGGAAACCCAAACUGGUAUCAGCUGGUUCUGUCCUUCACCAGAACCAAACCAGGCCGUUCCAGAACCGUUCCAGAACCCGUCCAAACUGGACUGAACAGCAGAGACUGAAUGAUUCAUUAUUAUAGAAACUGAAUGAAACUGCAGGCUGGUGUCAGGACCUGCUGACAGUUUUCUUCUUAUUUUUUACACCAUCUGUCAUCCAUUACAUCACCUGCUGUAACAAACAGCAUCUCCAGUUCAUGUUUUUUUCUUUCUGCUGGUUUAAUUUCACAUUUUGUUUUUUGUCCAACUUAAAAAAACAAAAUGUGUUUUCUUUAAAUUAACUCCCAGACACAGUAAAGUUAAUAUUUA